AGGACACCGAAUGGCUGGGAUCAAGCGUAGUCACCGUUUGGAUCUAAGCGUUUCAAGAGAUUAAAAACAAUGCAAUCAACCUGCUUCAUAAUUGUGCUAGCAAUCGCAGCAUCAGCGUUUGCUAGGCCACAAGAAAUUGAGAUUCCCGUCCCACAGGAUGGCACAAUUCUGCUAAGUAGACCUGCUGAACAGCCACUGCAAGAAGAAUCGGCCCCUCAAGAGCUGCCAAUUCAGGUGCCGGAUGAAGCACCAGCAGUGGAUCCUGCAGAACUGGCACAGAUUAAUGACCAAGAUAGUACCGCCGAGCAGGCCGUUCGACAUAAGCGUCACUUCGGAGUCGGUGGAAUUGGUGUUGGAGUUGGCCUGGUCGGAGGAGGUGUCGGAGGCUGGGGUGGAUAUCCUGGCUACGGAUAUGGCGGCUAUGGAGGAUAUGGUGGCUAUGGAGGGUAUGGUGGUUAUGGAGGAUAUGGCGGAUAUGGCGGCUACGGCGGAUAUGGCGGCUAUGGUGGCUAUGGACAUCAUAGACACCAUCAUCACCAUCAUGGAUGGUAAACACAGCCUCAAAAAAAAUUUAAUUGUGAUACUUAAUUAGCAAUAAAUGACGAUACGAGAUUAAAAAAAUAA